AUGCAGGACAACCUAACACCACUGCCAGAGUCAGUCUUUGACCAGCCCUCAGAUACAAAUCAGGAUCAGAAGCACUCCUCCACUUCAGGCCAAGCCGCAGAAACGGCCCCACAGCCCGUGAAGACCACAGUCAUAAUACCUUCCAUCAAGUCCAAAGGCCUAAAUGCAUCCAAUGCACGUCGGAUGCGCCGGAUCAUCGCUGAGGACGCUGAGUGGUCAUUGGCCAUUGUGCCCCAGCUCACAGAGCUGUGUAUUCAGCACAUCGUCAAGAACUUCCAGAAUAACCCUAUCCUGAAGCAGCUGCUCCCCGAGCACCAGCACAAGGUCCUGGACCACCUGUCCCCGGACCUGCCUCUAGCUGUGACCGCCAACCUGAUUGAGAAUGAGAACUACUGGCGCCGCUGCUGUACACAGCGAUGGCCCGUGUGCCACGUGGCCAGGCACGGAGGCAGCUGGAAGCGCAUGUUCUUCGAGCGGCAUCUAGAGAACCUGCUAAAGCACUUCAUUCCGGGCACCACGGACCCCGCGGUCAUCCUCGACUUGCUACCGCUCUGCAGGAACUACGUGCGGAGGAUCCAGGUAGAUCAGUUCCUUCCUCCCGUUCGGUUCCCGCCGCCGCCCCGGGAAGGGGACCAGUCAGACUCUGGCAGCGAGGGAGACAUGGAGGAGUCCACCACCGACCACUACCAGCUGCAUGAUUUAGUGGCUGGACUGAAACACUUAGAGGAGCUAGACCUGGUGUAUGGUGUCAAAGACUGUGGCAUGAACUUCGAGUGGAACCUCUUCCUCUUCACCUACCACGACUGCCACUCCCUGGCGACCACCAUCAAGGCAUGCCACACCCUCAAGGUCUUCAGGCUGACCCGAAGCAGGGUGGAUGAUGACAAGGUACGCAUCCUGAUUCGCAGCCUCCUGGACCACCCAGCGCUUGAAGAGUUGGAUCUGUCACACAACCUUAUCGGAGAUCGUGGUGCACGUGCCGCCGCCAAACUGCUGAGCCACAGCCGCUUGCGUGUACUCAACCUAGCCAACAACCAGGUGCGUGCGCCAGGUGCUCAGUCGCUGGCUCAUGCCUUGGCACACAACACCAACCUCAUUACGCUCAACUUACGCCUCAACUGCAUUGAGGAUGAGGGCGGCCAGGCACUGGCCCAUGCCCUGCAGACCAACAAGUGCCUCACCACACUGCACCUUGGUGGCAAUGAGCUAUCCGAGCCCACCGCUACGCUCCUCUCCCAGGUGCUGUCUGUCAACACUGUGCUCACCAGCAUCAACCUGUCCUGCAACCACAUCGGCCAGGAUGGCGGGAAGCAGCUCCUGGAAGGGAUGUCGGACAACAAGACUCUCCUGGAGUUUGACUUGCGCUUGUCAGAUGUGGCCCAGGAGAGUGAGUACCUCAUCGGCCAGGCUCUCCAAGCCAACCAUGAAGCAGCCCGUCAGCAGGCCUUGAAUCUUAGCCACCUCAUGUCGCCUACCAUCACUGGCCCUGAGAACCCUGCAGGAUAA